AGUUUACCCUUACUUAUUUAAGUCAUCAGUAAGGUAAAAGUGAUCUAGGUCUCCCGCGCCGCCGCCGCCGCCGCCUAAGCUGCUUCCACCUCCGCUUUCUGUGCAGAGGACUCCUCGCCGGAGAAUAGCCGGCGGCGGCUCGAGACGAAACUACGGUGCUCGUCUCCCGCCGCCCGCCGCCCUUCACUCCCCAGCAUACCUAGUCCCUACUCUAAUCCGUACAGAGCAACGCAUCAAGUGAUGGCGAAGCCGGAGGAGAAGCUGCGCUGCACCAAGGAACCCUUCAUCGAGGACGUCGGCACCCGGAGGAUAAAGAGCAUCCGGUUCAGCGUGCUCUCGGGCAGCGAGAUUCGCAAGUCAGCGGAGGUACAGGUCUGGAACAACCGGAUCUAUGACCGCGACAUGACGCCGGUUCCCAAUGGGUUGCUCGACCCGCGAAUGGGAAUCCCGACUAAGAGAGGCAAAUGCAAUACCUGCCAUGGUGAAUUUAGUGACUGUCCAGGUCAUUUCGGCUACUUGAAGCUCGCGCUUCCAGUUUUUAACGUGGGCUUCUUUAACUGUAUUCUGGACGUGUUGAAGUGCAUCUGCAAGAGCUGUAGUAGAGUUCUUCUUAUCGAGAAAGACCGCAGGGAGUUUCUAAAGAAGAUGAGAAAUCCCAGGGCAGAUGCACUACAGAAAAGUGCUACAAUGAAAAAAGUGAGGGACAAAUGCAAACUAUCCUGCUGCCCCCGUUGUGAUUACAGAAAUGGUGUAGUUAAAAAAGGCAGAGCGGGCUUGAUAGUAGUUCAUGAUUGUAGCAAAGUUUUGGAUGGACAUACAGAAGAAUUGAAGAAUGCACUACAAAAUAAGAAAGAAAAGGUGUCUGCUAGUUCAGUUCUAGUGUUAGACCCUGCAACUGUUCUAUCUCUAUUCAGAAGAAUGAUUGAUGAGGAUUGUGAAUUACUAAACCUUGGUGAUAGGCCAGAGAAACUUAUUGUGACAGAGAUUGCAGUGCCACCUGUUCCUAUACGGCCUUCUGUUGUUGUUGGUAAUAGUAGAACAAGCAACGAAGACAGCAUUACAGUUAUUUUGAAGAGCAUUGUUAAUACAAACUCCAUCCUUAAGGAGACCCUUCAUACUGGGGGUCCAUUCACCAAGUGCUUUGAUUGCUGGCAAUACCUUCAACUUCAAGUUGUUGAAUAUGUGAAUAGUGAUGCCCCUUCUCUUCCUGAGUCACAACAUCGGGGCCUUGUUCAACGACUCAAAGGGAAGACUGGACGAUUUCGUGGCAAUUUGUCCGGAAAACGUACUGAGUACACAGGAAGAACCGUCAUAUCUCCUGAUCCAAAUUUGAAAAUAACAGAGGUGGCUAUUCCUGUGUUGAUGGCUCGAGUCUUGACUUAUCCUGAAAGGGUUUCAAACUAUAACAUUGAGAAGCUGAGACAAUGUAUACGAAAUGGACCAUUCAAAUAUCCAGGGGCUAAUUUUGUUACACAACCUGAUGGCAUGAAGCAGAGCUUAAAGUAUGGUGAUAGAAGGAUUACUGCUCGGGAUUUAAAGUGUGGAUGUAUAGUUGAAAGACAUUUAGAAGAUGGAGAUGUUGUCCUCUUUAAUAGACAGCCGAGCCUGCAUAGAAUGUCAAUUAUGUGUCACAGGGCAAGGAUAAUGCCAUGGAGAACACUCAGAUUUAAUGAGUCUGUUUGCAACCCUUACAAUGCUGAUUUUGACGGAGAUGAAAUGAAUUUGCAUGUCCCUCAGACAGAGGAAGCUCGCACUGAAGCGCUUAUGCUCAUGGGGGUUCAGAAUAAUUUAUGUACUCCUAAGAAUGGUGAGAUACUGGUUGCUUCCACGCAAGACUUCUUGACCUCAUCUUUCCUAGUUACAAGAAAAGAUACUUUCUAUGAUAGAUCUUCCUUUACUCUUUUGUGCUCAUACCUUGGUGAUGGAAUGGAGAACAUUGAUUUGCCAACACCAGCCUUGAUUAAACCUGUUGAGCUUUGGACUGGUAAACAACUAUUUAGUGUGUUAGUCCGACCUAAUGCGCACACAAAGGUGUUUCUGAAUCUUGCUGUUCAAGAAAAAAUUUAUUCAAAGAAAAAGGGAAAAAAAGAGGGGGGAGAGGAGGUAAAGGAAACAAUGUGUGGAAGGGAAACAAUGUGUCCCAAUGAUGGUUAUGUUUAUUUCCGAAAUAGUGAACUGUUAUCUGGACAAGUAGGGAAGGCCACUUUAGGUAAUGGGAACAAGGAUGGCCUUUACUCUGUUCUUUUAAGAGAUUAUAAUUCUCAUGCUGCAGCAAGCUGUAUGAAUCGUUUGGCAAAAUUUAGUGCAAGAUUUAUAGGGAACCAUGGUUUUUCCAUUGGUGUGGACGAUGUCCAACCAGGAGAACAUCUAAAUCGGCAAAAGAAAAAGGAAAUAGACGGAGGGUACAAAAAAUGCCAUGAUCUUAUUUCUUUGUUUGCGAAAGGCGCGCUCGCAUUGCAUCCUGGUUGCAACGCAGCCCAAACGCUGGAGCAUAACAUCACUGGUGUGUUAAAUGAAAUCAGAUCAAUUGCUGGAAAUGUGUGCAUGGAUACGCUUCACUGGAGGAACAGCCCAUUGAUUAUGUCUCAGUGUGGUUCCAAAGGUUCUCCAAUCAAUAUCAGUCAGAUGGUUGCAUGUGUUGGACAGCAAUCAGUUGGAGGGCGUCGUGCCCCAGAUGGUUUUCUAAACAGAACUCUUCCUCACUUUCCUAUAAAUUCAAAGACCCCUGCAGCUAAAGGUUUUGUUGCUAAUUCAUUCUAUACUGGUUUGACUGCUACUGAGUUUUUCUUCCACACAAUGGGUGGACGAGAAGGUCUUGUUGACACGGCGGUCAAAACAGCAGAAACUGGAUAUAUGUCCCGCAGAUUGAUGAAAGGCUUGGAAGAUCUCUCAGUUUUCUAUGAUCAGACAGUUCGAAAUGCUAGCGGUGGUAUAGUUCAAUUUUUGUAUGGAGAUGAUGGCAUGGAUCCUGCAAAGAUGGAAGGAAAAGAUGGCAUGCCCUUAAAUUUGGAUCAAUUGUUUAUGAAAGUCAUGGCCACAUGUCCUCAAAGGGGAUCAGAUACAUUAUCUCCAGUGGGCAUCAAACAGAUGUUAGAGGAUAAGUUCUUGCAGCAUGACACCUCAUCUGAUGGUGGCUGUAGUGCAGAGUUCAAGAAAAACUUAACUGAAUUCCUUGAUAAACGUAUAGAAUUAAUGAAAUGCACAAGAAGGGCACUCCAUCUACAUGAGGAUCAUGUAGAAAAGAAAGAUUCUUGCCUAGAAGAAUCUAUUGCUGCUAUUAUAUCUGGUAUAUCUGCAAAACAACUUCAGGUUUUCUUGGACACUUGCUUAUCUCGUUAUCAGUCAAAGAAGAUUGAAGCAGGAGCAUCUAUUGGAGCAAUUGGAGCUCAAAGUAUUGGGGAGCCAGGGACUCAGAUGACACUGAAAACAUUUCAUUUUGCGGGAGUAGCUAGCAUGAAUGUUACUCUUGGUGUUCCUCGAAUCAAGGAAAUUAUCAAUGCUGCUAAAAAGAUAAGCACACCUAUUAUCACCGCUCAGCUUUUGUCAAGGAAAGAUGUGCUUUCUGCGCGCAUUGUGAAAGGAUCUAUGGAGAAAGCAGUGCUUGGCGAGGUUGCAGCAACCAUUCAGACUGUCCUGAAAUCAAGUCUGCCAAACUUGGUUGUCAAACUUGAUAUGCAACUUAUAGAAACUCUCCACAUGGGAAUAUCUGCUGAUUCUGUGAAGCUGUCAAUUUUGAAUCAUCCAAAGCUUAAGUUAAAAUCUGAGCAUGUCCGAGUCAUUGAUAGAGCCAAGUUGCGAAUAUAUCCAGCUGGAACUGACAAGCUCAAACUUCAGCUUGAACUGCAUAACCUCAAAUCCAUCCUUCCAAAAGUGAUUGUGAAGGGCAUUCCAACUGUUGAAAGGGUUGUUAUUGAUGAAGUUAAAGUCAACAACGCGACAGAAAGAUACCAAUUGUUGGUUGAAGGAACAAACCUCCUGGCAGUCAUGGGUACCCCAGGAGUUGAUGCUAGGAAGACGAAAAGUAAUCACAUCAUGGAAACGAACCAAACACUUGGAAUUGAAGCUGCUAGGAGAUCUAUUAUUGAUGAGAUUCAAUACACAAUGAAAAGUCAUGGCAUGAACAUUGAUCGGAGACAUAUGAUGCUCUUGGCAGAUUUAAUGACAUACAAGGGUGAAAUUCUCGGCAUUACUAGAUACGGCAUUGCAAAGAUGAAAAGCAGUGUGCUGAUGCUUGCUUCAUUUGAGAAAACCGCAGAACAUCUAUUCAAUGCCUCAUACAGUGGUCGUCAGGAUCAGAUAGAGGGAGUUAGUGAAUGCAUUAUCAUGGGCAUUCCCAUGCAGCUCGGUACCGGUAUUCUCAAAGUCAGGCAAAGGCUCGACCAUGUGCCUGAAUUCAAGUACCAACCGGACCCGAUACUGUCGUGAUACAUACAUGUGGACUGAAGCUGGAACUCUGUACAUAUAUAUAGCUGGGUCAUACAUGCAUAGCGUAGCGUAGCCUAGGGCAACCCUGGCGGCUUGUCAUUUCUCCGGUGAACAUCUAACUAGUCUCGUUCCAUCUCCAUGAGGCAGACUCUAGGUCAACAACUCCCUCUUCGGCUGCAUCGGCAAAUGCGAGAGUAAAAUUGUGGCAAACACUUGCUACAUCUUCUAGGCAGUGGUACAUGAUCGUGUUACAUAUCUCUGCAGGCUAAUGAAGCCUGGGAAGAAUCAUUGUUUUUUUCUUGACUAGAUAAAUAUCUGUGUUGUAAAGGAAAAAUAAUAAUACAAUGAGAAUUAAGAAUUACACGCGUGUUUGCCAAA